UUUAUAAAUUCUAUAGUAGUUUGUUUUUAAAGUACAAAGAAAACGUGUCUAUGUUUCAGAAAAAUGAAAUCAAAAUUAGUUUUUUUAGUUAUAGUAGUUAUUCUAGUGACAAACUUAAGUGACGCUAAGCCAAGAGUGAAAAGGGAUAUUGAAAUAAAUCCCGAAGAUAUAAAACUUAGUGAAUCUUUUCCUCCUAGUGAUAAAAAGUGGUCUUGGUAUCUUAGUAGAAGAGGUAAAAAUUCCCAACGAAGUGAGGACUCUGAAGAAUUGUAUAAAGACUUGACUGUGGAUAUUGAACCUAGAAGUACCAAAUGUGAUGAAGCACAUAUCGAACAUCAAUCAAAGAAAGAAAAGCCUGAGUCUGAAGAAGUUUCAGAGAAAAAUCAAAAAGAAGAAUGGAGAUGGUACGUAAAAGCCAAACCUAAUGACAUAUUAGAUACAGAUACAAGCUUGGAGAUUGUAACCUGGUAUCUUAAACAAAGAGGUCGUACAAUAUCACCACAAAGAUUAAGAGCAUCAGAGCAUAGAACUUCUAUUACAAACUCACAUAGAAAAACAUCUGAAUCUAGCACAGGUUUUACUAAAUCAAAUAUAAUUAAUAAUUCCACUGAGACUCACAAUCCUACUACUAUUGGUUCCAAGUCCCAUACAACUAAUAAUAUUUUAGAAAUAGAAGAAGAUGUAACAGUUAAUCCUUGUUUAAAUAGCUCUGUAACCGUCCAAACACCAGACAUCGUCAAUAAAACUGAAACUUUGAUUUCAAGGUUGACUACAACUGGUAUUCAAGAAUCUACCCAAGUUAAAACAUCGGAAGCUAACAAUAUAAAUACACAAGUCUCAAUCAACGAAACCACAACAGACAUUAACAUAAAUAAAUUAAAAACGGUAAAAGAAGCCCAGACAACUUCAAAGCCUGCUACAAAAGAAUCCACAUCAACAACAGUUCUUGUAACAGAAGCUAAGACUAUAAAACCUUCUAUAAGACAAUCCAGACCAACAACAGUUGUCCAAACCAAAAUUACAGAUGUAAAGCCUUCUACGAAAGCAGAAGCAGCAGAAACUACGACAACAACAGCUGUAACAACUGAAGCUGCAACUACUACAACAACAGAGGCUUCAGAAAUAACAACAAGAGCUAAAAUAACACAAGAUACAACAACAACAGCAGCUUUUUCAACAGAAGCUAAAACAACAGCUGCUGUAACAACUGAAGCUGCAACCACUACAACAACAGAAGCUGCAGAAAAAACAAGAACAGUUAAAACAGCAGAAGAUACAACAAGAACAACAACUGGUACAACAGAAGCUAAAUCAACAGCAGCUGUAACAACUGAAGCUGCAACUACUACAACAACUGAAGCUGCCGAAAUAACGACAACAGUUAAAACAACUGAAGAUACAACAACAACAGAUGUUACAACAGAAGCUAAAACAACAGCUGUUGUAACAACUGAAGCUGCAACUACUGAAACAACAGAAGAUGCAGAAAUAACAGCUACAGCUGAAACAACAGAAGAUACAACAACAGCAGAUACAACAACAACAGCUGUAACAACAGAAGCUACAACGACAACAUUAGCAACAACACCAUCAACAACAAAUAUGAGAAAACGCGAGGUAAUCGAUUUAUAUAAGCGAAGUUACGAUGAAGUUUCAAAGAAUAACUCCGUAGUGGAUUUAGAAAGAAGAAACCGCCAGGAAGUUGGUACGAAGGUAACAACUUCAUCAUCAAACAUUGAUGAAGAUAUUAAAGAUUUAGGUUUACCGUCUGCAGCUGAAGAAACAAGUUUCAAUAGAAGAAAAAAAGUGAAAUCAUAUAUUUAUGACACAGACACAUUACUACUUGUGACUGCGUUAUUCAGACAUGGAAAUCGAACAGUGGAAAGGACACAAUACGAGAGAUAUCCAAACGAUCCCUAUAAAGAUUUAGAUUAUUUUCCCACUGGAAUUGGUCAGCUUACUAAGAAUGGUAGGAAAAGGGCCUUCCAAAUUGGUCGCCGAUUAAGAAAACGUUACAGACAAUUUUUGGGAGAUGUAUUUUAUCCAGAAAUAGUAGCAGCUCAAAGUACAAAUUUGGAUCGAACAAAGAUGACUUUAGAGUUGGUAUUAGCUGGUCUAUUUCCUCCUAGCAAAGAUGACGAAAUUAGUAAGGAACUUCAGGGUUGGCAACCAAUUUCGUUCAAUUAUUUGCCCUUAGCACAGGAUCCGGCACUAAUGCCAUAUUUCUGUCCAAAAUUCAAAACAGAAUAUAAAAAAGAAGUACAAUCACCAAACAACAAGUUGGUAUUCGGCAGAAACAACAAGAUAUUUAAAUAUAUUUCAGAUAACACUGGAGUAAACGUAACCGAUUUUGAAGCCGUUAACCGCUUAUUCUUAGGUUUCCAAGCAAAAGAAGAUUUAGGCCUAAAACUCCCAGAUUGGUUAAAGAGUAUAUAUCCUGAUCCCAUGGACAAGAUGUCAGCCAAGUAUUACUACCAACUGACGGGAACCAACGAAUUGAAGAAGAUGUUUGCUGGAAAUUUCCUACAGCAAGUGCUCGAAAAUAUAAAAAGGAAAAUGGCUGCCAACGAUGGUAAGUUUGGAAAGAAGAUCUACCUGUACUCAGCUCAUGAAUUCAAUGUAGCCGCCUUGUUGGCAUCUCUUGGAGUUUAUAACAAUCAUACGCCGAAUUAUGGGUCUUAUAUUAUAAUUGAACUCCAUGUUAAAGGAGGAGUGCCUGGAAUAAAACUCUUCUGGGAGAACUGGGAUGGUAGAGGACCCACAAUCUUGAAAUUGUCAGGAUGUCAAACUUUAUGUCCAUUGACGAAGUUUGUAGAAUUGAUUUCUAACAUACUACCAGAAGAAGGUAAAACUGCAUGUCAGUAAUUUUAAAUAUUAUAUUGACAAUUAUAUUUAAAUAAAAAAAUAAGUCGUAUAUAAA